UUCACACUGCCACAGCAGAAAAGCCUCUGUACGCUCUUCGCUGCAUUUUCCGCGGAGAAAUAAAAACGCGCUCGUGUUUGCCGGCUUACAGUUAAAUGUAAUAUAUACGAAACAAUAUUUAAACGCAGGUGCUUGCAUUUUUCUUUGUUUUUUUAAAAGUGUGUUAACUUUGCAUUUCGAACGGAGCGGAGCGAAGCGGCUGCAAGUGCUGAAAGUGCGCUCGUGCACCUGUCUCACCUGAGCGCGCUUCAAGCCACAAAAGUGUAAAGUGCAGCAGUGCGACUUUAUUUUUGUUGUUGUUGUUUUUAUUGCUAUUUCGAGUUUCGACGAGAUUCAGCAAGAAUUUUGCCAGCCUGCGUCGGUGUGUGUAUUUGUGUUGUGUGUGUGUUAUUGUUGUUGUUAUUGUUGCCGUGCUCUAAUUGCCAAGUUUCGUGUGGAGAAUUCUUCUGGUUCUUCUUGUUGGUUUCUUCUUGGGACGCCCGCACCGCAAAUGAGCUCCCUUUAAAAUCUCUAACAAAAUGAUGACGAUGACAGCGGCCUCGGCCUCCAUAUCCACAUCUGCAUCCACAGACUGCAGCAGCAGCAUGCAGGGAUCGACAACCAGUUCGGCAUCCAGUGAUGUCAUGACGCUGACCACCACAGCUGCAUCCUCAUGGUGCGCCAUCCCGGCUAGCUCCCGGUUACGUGUACUCCGCCUGGUGAGGCCACAUCAGAGGAGACUCCUCGUCGGUGGACCAGAACGGGGCAGUACUUAUGGAUUCGCAGUGCGUGGUGGACGGGAACAUGGCACCGGAUUCUUUGUCUCCCACGUGGAGCAUGGCGGUGAGGCGCAGCUAAAGGGACUAAGGAUUGGCGAUCAGAUCUUGCGGAUCAAUGGCUUUCGUUUGGAUGAUGCUGUGCACAAGGAGUUCAUCCAACUGGUGGGCAGUCAGGAUAGGGUCACACUGAAGGUGCGAGGAGUUGGCAUGCUGCCUGUCAGAGAUCAACCGGAGGAGCGUUUGUCCUGGAGCGUGGUAAAGCUGCCCAGCGUAAGUGGCACACCCUCGGAGAGCUCCUUUAAAAGCGGUGGCGAACGUGGUCGUAGCGCCAGCAGGGACAUCAGUGUUGUCCUGCAUGUGGCCCCCAGGACAAAAUUGGGUCUGGGCAUAUGCAAGGGUCCAGAAUGGAAGCCCGGCAUUUUUGUGCAGUUCACCAAGGAGCGGAGUGUGGCUCGGGAAGCGGGUCUCCGUCCCGGUGAUCAGAUCCUCAGUGUCAAUAGCAUCGAUUUCUCGGACGUGCUCUUCAGCGAAGCGGUGGCCGUGAUGAAGAGUAGCAGCAAGCUGGACAUGGUGGUGCGCACUGCAGCUGGCUGUGAUCUCUUCCCGGGCGAGUCCAGUGGCUAUAACAGUUCAGCCAGCUCGGUGACUGGAGAUCAGAGUCCCUGCUGGGCGGAUGCCAAGUCCAAGCGAUUGACUGCAGUGCGUGAGGAGGGAGCAGGAGCAGGAGCAGGAGCAGGAGCUGGAGGAGGAGCUGGAGCAGCUGGUUCUACCUGGUCACAGGGCGUUGAGGUUCACAAGCAGAUGAACAAGACAAUUAUUAAGCUUACGGAGACCGGCACCUCCAUCAACAACACUUACAUAGCCAGCUCUAGCUCGACUGGUGGUUCCAGUCCCGUUUCCGGCUCCUCCGUCAGUGGAAUCUCCAGUCGCAGUCAGCAGCAGCAGCGGGAUCAACAGCUGGUGACUGCCGAACGGACACAGUCCCGGAGCACCACCAUGAAGCGCAGUCAUCUGCGGCCAGUCAAUGCUUCAGGAUCGAUCCCGCGAUCUGUAUCCGCUUCGGGAUCGGGAUCGGGAUCAGGAGGAGGAGGAGCAGCAGCAGUAGCAGCACCUGUUCCGCCACCGCCAGCCAUGAAUGAUGGCUGCAACGGUGGUGCCGCCGGCAACGGUAGCAGUCUCUCCAGUGCCAUAACCGAGGAGCUCAAGAAGCGCAAAGAGCAGCAACAACAGCAGCAACAUCAGCAGCAGCGCAACAAUCGCGAUCGCGAUAGAGAUCGAGAUCGAGAUGGCAAUGGAAAUGGAUUUGGUUGUGGAACCAGUGAUCGGCAGCUGGUGUCGCACAAUGGAAGCCACCGUAGCUCCUCUGUUGGCCAAGCGUCGCAUCGCCAGCGGGCAAAUGUUGCUGGCGUGGCUGUCACAUUGCAGGGCAGCGAACGCAUCAGCAGCAGCAACAACAGCAACAGUGGAGGAGGAGGAGCAGGUGGACCCAAUGUUGCUGGCGGGGAUCAGCACACGGCGCUGAUGGAUGAAUUCAAGCGGGCACACCAGCGCAUGUUUAGGAACGGGUUCCAUGAGAGCGAUCACAAGGAGCGCGGCGAGACUCUGAAACGCACCUCAAUUAUGCCCGAUGAUAGCUGCUAUCGCAACAGUAUCAAUACCAAUGGUUUUACCAAUGGCAACAGUAGAAGCCACAACAAUAUCAAUGGGAAUCGACUGCAGCCUGCGGCACAGAAUGGCAGCCAGCAGGGAAUUCCGGAACAGCCGCAAUUACCGCCUCCGCCACCACAGUUUGCCAAUUCCCAGCCAAAGCAAAUGCCACCCCCCUCGCAGCUUAAGCUAAACACCGGAAAUGGUUUAAGCAAUGUCAACGGAAACGGAAAUGGUUUCAAGGCCAAGCAGCCGCUGUCGCCCAUGCGCAGUGCCAGCAUUAGUGUGGGCGGCUUCCGGCCGCCAAUCACUCCCCAGCCCGACUAUGAUGCAGUGCAGCUGCGCAAGGCAUCCUCGCCAGAAACGGGAGCCGCUCCAAGCCAACAGCAGCAGAGACGUACCCUGCGUCUGGGCACCGUAACCAUUGGGGAGUACGGUGACCAAAGCAGGACAAAUAAACGCGAGACCCUGCGAAAAAUCAAUGGAGAGACAGGAAGCAGCUCCUCGAAUGGCAUUCUCAAGAAUGGCACCAAUCGGAGCAGCGCGAGCUUCAACCAUGGAUCCUCCACACAGCACGCGGAGAAGUCCAUCAAGUUUGGAAACUAAUGAGAGGCGCCAUACCCCAAAAAUCCAAACAAUUUUUGUGCAAUAAGUUUGAGGAACAGGAAUUCGAAGGAGAGUACAAAAUCGGACGUGCAGCGGCUUUCCAUAUGCAUAUAUUAACCAUAACCACAUCUUUAUAUAAUAUAUCUUUUUUUUUACUACCAUAAUAAAUGCCUGUCUUAUUAUAUAUAUAUAAUUUUUUGCUAUUUGUUGGAAACACUGUAUCACUAGUUGCUAUUAUUUGACUAAACACUGUAAAUA